GGGAGGAGAGAACCACAAGUGUACACCGCGUGUGUGGUGCGAUCGGGACAACAGAAGAUGGCGUCUAGACGGAGAGCGCUGCUCAAGAUAAUCAUCCUAGGGGACAGCGGGGUCGGGAAGACGUCGCUCAUGAACCAGUAUGUCAACAAGCGUUUUUCCAACCAGUACAAGGCGACCAUUGGGGCGGACUUCCUGACGAAGGAUACGGUUAUCGACGACAAGCUCGUCACCCUCCAGAUCUGGGACACGGCGGGGCAGGAGCGGUUUCAGAGCCUUGGAGUGGCGUUUUACCGGGGGGCGGAGGCGUGUGUAUUGGUGUACGAUAUAACCAACCCGAAGUCGUUCGAGCAGCUGGACAGUUGGCGCGAAGAGUUCUUGCAUCAGGCGGCCCCGAUGGACCCGGAUAAUUUUCCGUUUGUGCUGAUCGGUAACAAGGUGGACCGAGAGUCGGAGCGUAGGGUUAGCCGCCAGCGAGCGUUGCAGUGGUGCAAGUCGAAGGGAUCGACGCCGAUUUCUUACAUCGAGACUAGCGCGAAGGAGGCCGUGAAGGUAGAGGGGGCGUUUCUCGAGGUGGUGCAGAUGGCACUCAUCAACAGUGCACAGCAGCCGCCAGAGAUCUACGUGCCCGAGCCGAUAACGCUCAGUCAGGCGCAGACGCCAUAUCAAAGUCAGAGUUCCGUAGACUCCAUGUGCUGCUGAGGCGUGCGGUUCGUAGCCCGGUCGUGUCUAUUCCUUCCUCUCUUG